UAAUUUAAAUCUCAAAAAAUGCUAUUUAUUACACUAAGCUAUAUGUUCUUGGACAAAUCUUUAAACUUUCUUGAGCUUAGAAUGUGGACAUGAAAAGAGAGAGUUGGACCAGAAGACCACCUAGGACCCUUGUAGCAUUAAUAGUCUGCUUUACCCUGCUUUUACAUGGAAACAUCAUCACCUCUCUUAGAAUGGCACCUGCUUAUCUACCCAGAAGUCUUGCUAUACUUUCCUUGGCAGAAAAUGAAAUUCGGGACUUAAAUGAGAUCUCUUUUUUGGCAUCCUUAACUGAAUUGGAACAGUUAUCAAUCAUGAACAAUCCUUGUGUGAUGGCAACACCGUCCAUUCCAGGGUUUGACUAUCGGCCAUACAUUGUCAGCUGGUGCUUAAACCUCAGAGUCCUAGAUGGAUACGUGAUUUCUCAGAAGGAAAG